GGAGCGCUAAGGGGGACGGACCGCAGAGGUUGUCUGAAGGCCGAGGCCAAGAUGGCGGCAGUGUCGGCUCGUGGUCUGCCCUGCAUCCGGAUCUUCAGUCCGCGCUCCUGUGUGGGCGCAGCUGUGCAGGCGCGAGGUGUCCAUCAGACCGUGGCCACUGACGGCCCGAGCAGUACCCAGCCUGCCGUGUCCAAAGCUGGAGCCGUGGUCCCCAAGCCCUCUACACUUCCCAGCAGCCGGGGCGAAUAUGUGGUGGCCAAGCUGGACGACCUCAUCAACUGGGCCCGCCGGAGCUCCCUGUGGCCCAUGACCUUCGGCCUGGCCUGCUGUGCCGUGGAGAUGAUGCACAUGGCCGCACCACGCUACGACAUGGACCGCUUCGGUGUGGUCUUCCGUGCCAGCCCACGCCAGGCUGACGUGAUGAUCGUGGCUGGCACGCUCACCAACAAGAUGGCCCCGGCACUCCGCAAGGUCUAUGACCAGAUGCCGGAGCCUCGCUACGUGGUGUCCAUGGGGAGCUGUGCCAAUGGAGGAGGUUACUACCACUACUCCUACUCUGUGGUGAGGGGCUGUGACCGCAUCGUGCCCGUGGACAUCUACGUCCCAGGCUGCCCACCCACAGCUGAGGCCCUACUGUACGGCAUCCUGCAGCUGCAGAAGAAGAUCAAGCGGGAGCAGAGGCUCAGCAUCUGGUACCGCAGGUAGUGCUGCCGCCAGAGCUGCCCCUAUCUUGUCCUCCUGUGAGAUCGCCAAUAAACCUGCCUUCGGGCCCUGCUGCCUG